AUGUUGCGUUGGUUUAGGAAGAUGGUGGCGGUGGCGUGGGCCGUGGUGGGAGGUCCUCGCACUUUACACUUCUUCUUCGCCCAGCUGGCUGAACUGGCACGAGACCCCGAGGACCCCAUGAGGCUAGGGGACGACUUCCUUUUCACCCUGGCGUUGAGGAGUCUAGUGGACCCCGGCCACCAUGCCCGACACAACCUUCCUCACGACUUCUUCCUUCGUCGGGAGAACCAGAUGGUGUAUGAGGAGCUGGUGGACUACUUGUUACAACAGACGCCCCCACCGGUGUCAGGAGUGGCGGCGCUGCUGGAGGGGCUGAAGCAGGUGUCGCCGCAGUUGUAUGAGCGACUUCUGCGCAAGUGUGGUCCCUACCUCUCCCCCGAGGCCGCCUGCGACCGAGGGGACCACGCCGAGGCUGUGAGGUUGCUGCGGGGUGUGGCUGGGUUUACUUGUCGGCCUCAGGACUACGUGGCAUCUCUCAGGUCCUGCUUCGCCAACGAUAAUGUGGAUGUAUUGGUCGCUGCCAUGGACACCCUCGCCUGCAUCGACUGUAGCGUUCAG